UAUAUAAAGUCCUAGGUAUCCCCAAAAAAUGAAAAGUAAAUAAAAAUAAAGCCACUUUUUCAGGUUUCUCAGUUUUCCUUCAUCACCCAAAGACGCAAAAUGACUACCUCAAAGCGCCUUUCUGAGAGGAAAGUGGCAAAGUUUCAGAAGAACAUCACAAAGAGGGGAUUAGUGCCUGAAACCACUUCAAAGAAGGGAAAUGACUACCCAGUUGGGCCUAUCGUUCUUGGUUUCUUUGUCUUUGUUGUCAUUGGAUCAUCCCUCUUUCAGAUAAUAAGGACAGCUACAAGCGGUGGGAUGGCCUGAGCAAGGGCAGAAGGAAGUUUGGUGUAAUAUGGACGUCUUCAAAGACAUCAAUGUACCAUGUAGUGAAGUUAGAACAUCUUUGCUUCCCACUUUGCAAUAAUAAAGCAGUAUUGUUGUCCAGUUCAUUUUA